CACAUUUCUAUGUAAGUACAACAGGUAAGGAAAACGUGAUUCUUAUUUUACUUAACUAAAAUGUAAUUGUACUGAAUGUUGUCUUGGGCCAGUUUUAGCCUUUAUUUAAAUUCUCCUUUCUUUUACUUUAUCUUCUUUCACUCUCUUCUGUUUUUUCUUUGAAUCCAUCUUUUAUUUUAACUCUAUAAUGCAGACAUGAGGAGCAACAGGAGCCCAAGUGACUGUAUGUAAUACUGUUUAUAUCACUGAAUGCACUCAAACAGAAAUGUCAGGUCGGUGGUGCAUGUAGUAAAUGUGGGAAUUAAGUUUUUCCCCCCAGUCUUAUUUUUCAAAAAUUACUUCUAGUUACUUGAAUCUUUCAAGGUAAACUGAAUAUUGUCAGGUACAGCUGUUAUGAGUAUCUUAAGCAACUUACAUGCAUGCAUGUGUGUUUUAUGUCUGAUUAAAGCGUGUGGUAAAAUAAGAUUGUUUGCUUCAGACAAUUUAAUCUCAUUUACUGCACCUCAGUCUGUUUUUCACCCUCCGUCUUUCCCUCCAUCACUCUCAUUUCUCUUCAUCCAGCUGUGUUGUUAUGCAGACAUGGAGAGCAACAGCAGCCUGAAUCCUUUAUACUUUCAGCUCACUCUGUUUGCAGACUAUGGGCCCCUCAGAUAUCUGUUCUUCAGUCUGUGCCUGUUGGUCUACAUGACUAUAAUCUCUGCUAACAUUGUCAUUGCUGUCACAGUCUGCCUACACAAGUCCCUGCAUCAGCCCAUGUUCAUUUUCAUCUGCAGUCUGUCUUUUAACUCUCUGUACGGCUCAGCCGGCUUCUUCCCCAGGUUUCUGAUGGACAUUCUGUCUGACACUCAUUUCAUCUCACGUCCAUUGUGUUUCAUUCAGAUGUAUGUUAUUUCCACCUAUGCAGCAUUUGAGUUUACCAUCCUCGGUGUCAUGGCCUAUGACAGAUUUGUUGCUAUUUGCCAGCCCUUACACUAUCACAGUAAAAUGACGUUAAGGAUGGUGCAACAUCUUUUGGUCUUUGCCGUGUUCUACCCUGCACUUGCAUGUGGGUUUUGUCUCUAUCUUACUGUUCGAUUACCGUUGUGUGGAAAUAAACUGCACAAGCUUUUCUGUUCAAACUGGCCGGUGGUGCAGCUCUCUUGCAUGGACACAACUGUGAACAACAUAGCAGGUCAGCUUGUUGCGAUGUCAACCAUCUUCAUCCCCCUAUUCUUCAUCCUGUACACCUACCUGCGCAUUCUGCUGGUCUGCAGGAGAAGCUCAUCUGAAAUCAGAGGAAAGGCUGCACAAACGUGCCUUCCUCACAUAGUGACAUUAAUUAACUAUACUCUAUCUAUAUUCUGUGAAAUGUCAUUGAGGCGAUUUGAGGCUGAUAAAAUGAAUCCAGUGUUCACAGUUGUUUUGUCUUUAGAGUAUUUAACCAUUCCACCCAUCAAUAACCCUCUAGUUUACGGCCUGAGUCUGCCUCAAAUAAAAGGAGUGAUUUUUAGAUUUUUUAAGAAAAGUCCUGCUGCCAAAAUGUAA